UCGGGUCCAACAGUAGGAUCUGGAGGUCAUAUUUCAGGUGGCGGCUUUGGACUUCUGUCCAGAAAAUUCGGAGUCGCUGCUGAUAGUGUCGUUGAUGCUCUUCUUAUUGAUGCUGAUGGACGGUUAUUAGACCGAAAAGCCAUGGGAGAAGACGUGUUUUGGGCAAUCAGAGGUGGCGGCGGUGGAAAUUGGGGAAUUAUUUAUGCCUGGAAAAUUCGAUUAGUGAAAGUGCCCAAAAUCGUAACAACUUUUAAGAUCUCUAAGCCUGGCUCCAAACAAUACGUUGCCCCAUUACUUUACAAAUGGCAAAUAGUUGCACCAAAUUUGGCCGAUGAUUUUACUCUAGGAGUACAAAUGAUACCUAUAGAUCUGCCGGCUGAUAUGAAAUACGGAAAUCCUACUCCUAUUGAAAUAUGUCCCCAAUUCAAUGGACUUUAUCUGGGUCCAAAAACUGAAGCGGUUUCUAUAUUAAAUGAGGCAUUUCCAGAGCUGAACGUUAAGAAUGAUGACGCCAAAGAAAUGACUUGGAUUGAGUCUGCACUUUUCUUUUCCGACUUAGAUAACAUAUUCGGGAACUCCUCUGACGAUAUCUCCCAUUUGAAAGAACGCUACUUGGGUGUAAAAAUUUGCUUCAAAGGCAAAUCAGAUUAUGUGAAGACCCCAUUUUCAAUGGACGGAAUAAUGACAGCUCUUGUUGAACACGAGAAAAACCCCAAUGCAUUCCUUGUGUUCGAUCCAUAUGGCGGAGCCAUGGACAAAAUUAGUGCUCAAGCUAUUGCUUUCCCUCAUCGAAAGGGUAACCUUUUCGCAAUUCAAUAUUAUGCACAGUGGAACGAAGAGGACGAUGCCAAGAGCAACGAGCACAUAGAGUGGAUAAGAGGAUUUUACAAUAAAAUGGCGCCUUUUGUUUCAAGCUCGCCAAGGGGAGCUUAUGUCAACUACUUGGAUAUGGAUCUUGGAAUGAAUAUGGACGACGACUACUUACUGCGAAAUGCUAGUAGUCGUUAUUCUUCCUCUGUUGAUGCUGUGGAGAGAGCUAGAGCAUGGGGUGAAAAGUAUUUCUUGAAUAACUAUGAUAGGUUGGUUAAAGCUAAGACAAAAAUUGAUCCACUAAAUGUUUUUCGACAUGAACAGAGUAUACCUCCUACGCUUGGUUCAACGCAAGAGCAUAACUACAGUAGUGAAUGAGAUUUCAAAUGUACUACUACCAGGGGCGGAUGCACAAGGGUGGAAGUUGUGUCAUGUGACGUCGCUUUGCCUGAAAAAAUGUUAAAUAUUUAUACUAAUAUUAUGUAAAAAUAAAGCAAUAUAUAAUAAUGGCACCGCUUAUUCCUA